CCUCACCAGUCUGUUCCGAGUCGCCCCUAAUCUCCUCUCCUCCUCCUCUCCCCUCCUGCACGUCUGGUUUAAGAGAGUGGCUUCCUUGUUUGGGGGUGGGCCAUAGUCCGUGCAUCCAGCCUUCAGUCGAUCGGAGAGGUGUUUUCCCCUGUACAGCGGAGAGAGGAACUACACGGCCAGGCGGAUAACGUUACUCACUCUGUCUGAGAAUGUACUAGUCUGAAGAAAUGGCAUGCGGAUACACUUUAAAACAAAUUACUUUAACUUGGUAGCAAUAUGGAUUAUGUCGUACUCAAGGGAAUGUGAACGGGCACCGGAGACAGACUCAGGCUGGAAGUUUUGAAGGGCCGAUCACGGCGCCUCUUCCCCGGUCCGGUGUUAUUACCGGGGUCCCAUUUUCCCGGGUAGCCCCAUGCAAAACAUAACGGCACCCGGCAGCCACAACAACAACUCUGAUGUCAUUUGCUCCUGUAACUGCACCGGUCCCCAGCCGGAGGGAAUGGAGAUAUCUGUCCUGGAGUCUGCUCAGAUCCUCAUCAUCCUGGUCCUGAUGACUGUAAUGCUGCUGGUGAUUGGCUGUCUGUUGAACCACUACAAGCUGUCUGCCUGCUCCUUUACGACCAGACAGAGCCAAGCCCGGAGGCGAGCACAACACCUACAGCAGGAUGUGUGUCUCUGGCCGCCGGACAGCGGCUCUCGACAAGGUGCCUCCGAGGUGGUGUAUUUGCCCCAGGCCAGGGAGAGGUUCACAGCCCCCUCCUUUAUGUCCCGGGAUCGUUUCAGUCGCUUCCAGCCCACCUACCCCUACCUGACCCACGACAUCCACCUUCCCCCCACCAUCUCCCUGUCUGACGGAGAGGAGCCCCCGCCCUACCAGGGCCCCUGCACCUUACAGCUGAGGGACCCAGAGCAGCAGUUGGAGUUAAACAGGGAGUCGGUCAGGGCCCCCCCCAAUAGAACCAUCUUCCACAGUGAAGUGAUAGACAUGCACAGUGGAGGGGGGGGAGGGCCGAGACCACCCAGCAGUAACUCUGGUAUCAGCGUAGCCAAUAGCAGCAGCCACGGACGCAUGGAACGCUCGCCUCCGGCAUAUUGUGAGGUGAUUGGUCACUUUUUUCACCACCCGCACAGCAGUAACCCACUCGGGACCUGGACCGGGGGUGGGACCAGCCAGCAGGGCCAAUCAGAAAGCACAAUACCUGCCAAGGCCAGGAAAGGGGAGGAGCUGAGGUGAGAUGGAUGAGGGACUAAGCUGUCUUAGACUCCUCCCCCCUGUAAAGAGGUGUGGCCAAUCUCUAUAUGGACCGACACUCCCAGGAUGCACAACUAAACACAACAUUAUCGCCCUGCUACAAAUACACACAACAUUAUCGACCUGCUACAACUAAACACAACAUUAUCAACCUGCUACUGCUAAACACAACAUUAUCGACCUGCUACAAAUACACACAACAUUAUCGCCCUGCUACAAAUACACACAACAUUAUCGACCUGCUACAACUAAACACAACAUUAUCGCCCUGCUACAAAUACACACAACAUUAUCGCCCUGCUACAAAUACACACAACAUUAUCGACCUGCUACAACUAAACACAACAUUAUCAACCUGCUACUGCUAAACACAACAUUAUCGACCUGCUACUGCUAAACACAACAUUAUCGCCCUGCUACAAAUACACACAACAUUAUCGACCUGCUACAACUAAACACAACAUUAUCGCCCUGCUACAAAUACACACAACAUUAUCAACCUGCUACAACUAAACACAACACAGAGAGGAACCAAGCAUAAAUACAUUUCUUUUUUCAUUAAUUGAAAGUCCGUACCGACCCCGAGCUGGACUGGGUGGUUUUAUACAGACCAGGGUCUGUACUGACCCCGAGAUGGACUGUGUGGUUUUAUUCAGACCAGGGUCUGUACUGACCCCGAGCUGGACUGGGUGGUUUUAUACAGACCAGGGUCUGUACUGACCCCGAGCUGGACUGGGUGGUUUUAUACAGACCAGGGUCUGUACUGACCCCGAGCUGGACUGGGUGGUUUUAUACAGACUAGGGUCUGUACUGACCCCGAGAUGGACUGUGUGGUUUUAUUCAGACAAGGGUCUGUACUGACCCCGAGCUGGACUGGGUGGUUUUAUACAGACCAGGGUCUGUACUGACCCCGAGCUGGACUGGGUGGUUUUAUACAGACCAGGGUCUGUACUGACCCCGAGCUGGACUGGGUGGUUUUAUACAGACUAGGGUCUGUACUGACCCCGAGCUGAACUGGGUGGUUUUAUACCGACCAGGGUCUGAACACAACCAAGCUGGAGAAGGAACGACUCAAACAUCCAAAUCUUAGUGCCAAGGUUACCGUGGAAACAGAGGAGAGGAACUGACGUGUCUAUGUAACUAACAAUAAAAAUAAUAAGCGUUC